AUGGUCACCUUUCAUUCGCUAUUGCUGAAGAUAUCAGUAAUUACCACCAUCACUAAUGCAGUUUCGCUAAAUCUGAACGAUUCUUCAUCUUUAGAUAAUGCAGCCGCUUUAGUUGCAUAUGGGUUAAUGGAUUAUUAUAAUGGUAACCAGUAUGGUCAAACUAUUGGUAUGUUUUCUGAUCCAUACUAUUGGUGGGAAGCUGGUGGUGCUUGGGGUUGUAUGUUGGAUUAUUGGUAUUAUAUGCAAAACGAUACUUAUAACGAUGUGAUUUACGAAGCUUUACAAUAUCAAACUGGUGACGAUAAUGAUUAUAUUCCACUAAAUCAAUCCACUACUGAAGGUAAUGAUGAUCAAGCCUUUUGGGGUAUUGCUGCCAUUACAGCAGCUGAAAGAAAUUUCACAAAUCCACCACCAGAUAAACCACAGUGGCUAUAUUUAGCACAAGCUGUCUUUAACACCAUGGCAUUACGUUGGGAUAGUGAUACUUGUAACGGUGGCUUAAGAUGGCAAAUUUUUGUCUGGAACUCUGGUUAUUCAUACAAGAACUCUGUUUCUAAUGGUGCACUUUUCCAUAUUGCUGCAAGAUUAGCAAGGUAUACGGGUAAUCAAAGUUAUGUGGAUUGGUCUGAAAAAGUUUAUGAUUGGAUGUUGGGAACUGGACUAAUUUCCAAUGGUACUACCUAUAAGUUCGUUCAUGAUGGUGUUAAUAUUGAAACUAAUUGUACAGAUAUUACUCCAUAUCAAUGGACAUAUAAUCAAGGUCUUUUACUGGCUGGUUGUGCUUAUCUAUAUAACUUUACUCAAGAUGAGAAAUGGUUAAUAAGAACAAAUCAAUUUUUAAAUGGGUCUGGUGUUUUUUUCAAUAAUAGUGUAAUUUAUGAAGCUGCAUGUCAACCAAAUAAAAACUGUAAUAACGAUCAACGUUCAUUUAAAGCUUACUUUGCACGUUUCUUAGGUGUUACAGCUCAAUUGUUACCAAGCACAAGGGACACUAUCAUGCAAUGGAUCGAUACUUCAGCAUAUGCUGCUGCUCAAGCUUGUUCAGGUGGUACUGACGGUCACACUUGUGGUAUGGAUUGGAACUGGAAUGGUUGGGAUGGUUAUUAUGGUUUAGGUGAGCAAAUGGCCGCUCUAGAAUUUAUGGUUAAUACUAGAGCUCUUGAUUUGCCUCCACCUUACACAAGUUCUAAUGGUGGUUCCUCUACAGGUAGUGGCGCUGCUGGUACCGAACAAAAGCCAACAAAUUUGGGUCCCUUGAACAUUACUGCCGGUUCAAAAGCUGGUGCUGGUAUCAUUACGUGUGUAGUUGGUAUUUCUAUUCUUGCAUGUUCUAUGUGGCUGGUUGUUUAA